UAGAAACCACGAAUCAUGGCAGAAGUAGCUCCAGCCGCCGCCGCCGCCGCCGCCGCCGCCCCGGCGAAAGCAGCCAAGAAGAAGGCGGCUCCCAAGCCGAAGAAGGUCGGCCCCAGCGUCAGGGAACUCAUCGUUCAAGCCGUGGCCGCGUCCAAGGAGAGGAGCGGCGUGUCAGGGGCCGCUGUCAAGAAGGCUCUGGCUGCCGGAGGCUACGAUGUGGACAAGAACAAGGCCCGCGUCAAGACCGCCAUCAAGACUCUGGUGACCAACGGAACUCUGGUCCAGACCAAGGGAACCGGGGCCUCCGGCUCUUUCAAGAUCAACAAGAAGGUGGAAGCCAAGAAGCCAGCACAGAAGGCCGCUCCUAAAGCCAAGAAGCCCGCCGCCAAGAAACCUGUAGUGGCCAAAAAGCCCAAGGCAGCAGCAGCUAAGAAGCCAGCAGCUGCUAAAAAGUCUCCUAAGAAGGUGAAGAAACCUGCAGCGGCCAAGAAAGUAGCCAAGAGCCCCAAGAAGGUGGCAGCCAAGAGCCCUAAGAAGGUGGCGGCCAAGAGCCCUAAGAAGGUGGUGGCCAAGAGCCCCAAGAAGGUGGCAGCGAAGAAGGUGGUGAAGAAGGCUCCAGCAGCCAAGAAAUCUCCUGCCAAGAAGGUCACCAAACCCAAAGUGAAGAAGACCGCAGCCAAGAAGAAGUGAGCUGUCCUCACUGAGACAUGUCCAUCCUGUUCAAAGGCUCUUUUAAGAGCCACCCACUUGUGUCCUCUAAGAGCUCCGCCAUCUUCUCUAUUAUUAAUAUGAAUAAUAAUAGUUAAUAUCAAGCCUCAAUGAAAUAUAUUUUAAUAACAUUCAAAUAAAGUUUUAGGUGUAAUAUAGUA